AUGAAUCACUCUACGACCCACUCAAGGAGAAGCUCUAUCUUAGCAGGUGAGAAGGAUGCUUUUCCAGAGCCUCGACCCUUCGAUUCAACGGGUCGGAAACGCAACGCUGUGGCAUCCACAUAUCUUAAUGCUCACACUCCACCGCAACUAGCGCCAAUCACUCAUUCUAAACUUAACUUAAACACUCUUUCAGCAGGGGAGCCAAAGGGCAAGGGCAAGUCUAUUGAAGAGCGCUCCCAGUCUCCGCGCAGGGUAGCUAGAAGUUUUGAAUCUCGCAGUGAUGUAACUCACACUUCGACGAAGAAACACCAGAGCCUCAAGUUCCCAGGGCCAGUCAGAAAAAGCCACAAUAGGAUCAGGAAGACUAUCGCUCUUGAAACGCUUGGUAUUGACCGGAAAGGUCCGGUACUGCCGGAUAGGUUCAUUCCCAGACGAGAGAAUAACAUUACCCCGUCGACACCCUUCCGGGUAGGGAAGUGUACCCGAGAACUUUCUUCGGAGGAGAGGCUUCUACGACAACGUUUACCAAAAGAGGAUCCUUUCCUGCCAACACGUUCUGGAAGAUCUAUUAGCGCACCAAGAAUACCAUCUGAUCGUAUAUGCAGUACUCAUUAUGGCCCUCAUCUCGUCAUCGACCCGGCCGUUCCGAGCAGCGAUUUCGCCCAUGGUUCAAGGGACUUUUCCCGACAAGUCAGCAAUGGGGCUGUUUGGAACGUGGGAGGAACAUCAGCUGCACUAGGUCGACGGUCCAUGGCGACUCCUAAUGGUUCGGGUGGGCAAUUUGCCAGUGGAACGACUGCCCCGAUGUUUGCUGCCAAAUUCCUGCCCCAUGUUGCGUCGACAGAGGAGCGUGAGAAACAUAAGUCCAGAGUGGCUCUUGCCUUGGAUAUUGACCCAGCAAGGAGGCUUCUUAAAACCUGCAAGCUUUGGCAUUUGCUUGAGUCUUUACCAAGCCCGUCAUCACCAGACUUCGAGAAAUAUUCUCCGUUUGUUUGGAAGGAUAAUGCUUGGAGACGGGCAGAGAAAUACCAGUGGAUGGUUGUACCAAAGGAGGGUGAGAGGGUGGUCCCGAACCGCCCUUUUCGCAUCCUGGAUGCUCCCCUCCUCCGAGACGAUUUCUAUUGUUCGACAUUAGCAUACUCAUCCACGUCCGGCAUACUUGCUGUCGGCCUUGGCCAUCGAGUCUAUCUAUGGUCUGAGCAUCUGGGUGUGCAGCAUCCGCCACUCAGUGACCAACACCCCUCAAACUACGUGACAUCACUUGCGUUCUCCUCGGAGAACGGUGGAAAAAGCAUUCUGGCCGUUGGGAGACAGUCGGGUAUGUUAUCUCUUUGGAGUACAUUCGAUUCUGAUGUCCGUUUCGAGAUAAGCCAUCCAGAUUCUAUAACUUGUCUGGCAUUCCGGCCAACAAAAUCCCGGAGGUUAUCAGAGAGACUUCGCCACCUUGAGGUCGAUGUUGAGGACCUCGCUGUAGGUGACGAUCUUGGGAAUAUCUGGUACUACUCUGUGGAAUGGCCUGAUAAUGAAGAAUGGGAUGAAUACGACUUCAAUGGAUCCAUGACUUUACUCGCCAAGAUUACGGCCCAUACGCAGCAAAUCUGCGGCAUUACUUGGUCCCCUGAAGGGUCCUAUCUUGCAACGGGAGGGAAUGACAACUGCUGCUUGCUCUUCGACCUCCAUGAUAUUCUUCCUCCACGGGAGCACAAGCCUUCGUCCCAGGAUCACACACCACAUCAACAUCGGCUGGUCCAUGGCGCCGCGGUCAAGGCUAUUGCAUUUGCCCCUUGGCAGCCGUCUCUUUUGGCUACCGGAGGCGGGUCAAACGACCGAGCCAUUCAUUUCUACCACGCCCCGACGGGCGCCUGUCUGGCCACGAUCAAUGUGUAUGCCCAGGUGACCAGCUUGAUUUGGAGUCGUACCCGACGGGAAAUUGUUGCCACAUUCGGAUUCGCACAGCCUGAGCAUCCGUUCCGCAUCGCAGUAUUCGCCUGGCCGAGCUGUGAGCAGAUCGCCGCGAUUCCUUGGGGGCCGCAUGGGAGUAGUUGGGACAGCCCUGAAAGCGACAUGAUUGACUGUGGGCGUGCACUCUGCGCUGUGAGUUAUCCCGGCCGUCCUCGCGACUGCGAAGACCACAGACCGGAUCAAGAAAGCCGUUCUCCCACAUCGAUGGUGAUGCACGACCGACUAGCUGAGCAGAGUCGGAGCGAGCCCGGCCGACGGAGCACCGUUCGGGAAGUUGUACGACCUCGCGCCAGAGAGGGGGGUCUCUGGUGUUCGCGCACGGUGCAGGAAGGCUGCAUCAUUGUGGCUUCCAGCGACCAGAGUGUCAAAUUCCAUGAAGUAUGGAGCGGACCUAAACGAGGCGCGGCAGUUGUGGCCGGACCUCUGGGAGGCAGUGGCAUUCUCGAAGGGCUCGAAGGGCUGGAGAUCAUUGGGGACGAAAUCAUCCGUUAA